AUGCAGGAGGUCACGGCCACCAGUCGCCAUUAUGUUGACAGGCUUUUUGACCCCGACCCGCAGAAAGUGCUGCAGGGAGUCAUGUAAGUACAUUAUAAGUACAUUACCUUGUGUUGUAGUAGCCUAUGACUUUCUAUAGGGAAAUAUAUAUUUUACCUGUCUGUCCAUCUUUGUUUCUGUCCCAAAUGGCACCCUAUCCCCUACAUGGUGCACUACUUUUAACCAGAGCCUUAUGGGAAAUAGGGUGCCAUUUAGGCCUCUGUCUGUCCUUGUGUGAGUCUGGUAUCUGUAUGCCUGUGGAGCAGGCAGUUCUUGGUGCUCUGGAGGGAGCUGUCUGUCAGUGAUUGAUUUGUUUGAGGUGCGAUGUGAGCAUGCUCAGUGUGAGCUGCUUGGACCACUUUGUUUACAUGUGUCAGUGGUGUGUGUGUGUUUAUCUGAUCAGUCAGUGUGAUUCAUGCUGUGUGGUAUGCCAGGUCUCUGCUGGUGUGUGUGUGACUGAGGGAGAGUGUGUUUCACUGGGCAGUGUGAGUGAGAGCCUCAGCGAGGCUUGGACUCAGGCAUCUUUUCAUCUUUAUUUUUAACUCUGAGGCCCAGCUCUGGUUACGGUUUUAGAUGGCUAGCCGAGUCACUUCUUACCUGACUGUUGCAGCUGUACUUUUCCACUGGCCUCUGCCUGCUACUUGUAUCUUUAUGUCGCAUGCAUUACAUCUAAGCAGUUGGCCAACCACAGUUAGAAUUCUGUACUCUGGAUAACUUUAUAUAUGUUAUUAUUGGCUUAUAUAUGUUGUGUGUGAUGUUCAGAAUUCUAUCCUCUCAAAGCAACAAGUUAACAAGCUUGAACAGCACUGAUGUUUCUCAGUUGAGCCUGUGGCUGUUAGCAUUAGUGUUUAGACUUGUGUGGUGAUACAGUGGGGAGAACAAGUAUUUGAUACACUGCCGAUUUUGCAGGUUUUCCUACUUACAAAGCAUGUAGAGGUCUGUAAUUUUUAUCAUAGGUACACUUCAACUGUGAGAGACGGAAUCUAAAACAAAAAUCCAGAAAAUCACAUUGUAUGAUUUUUAAGUAAUUAAUUUGCAUUUUAUUGCAUGAAAUAAGUAUUUGAUACAUCAGAAAAGCAGAACUUAAUAUUUGGUACAGAAACCUUUGUUUGCAAUUACAGAGAUCAUACGUUUCCUGUAGGUCUUGACCAGGUUUGCACACACUGCAGCAGGGAUUUUGGCCCACUCCUCCAUACAGACCUUCUCCAGAUCCUUCAGGUUUCGGGGCUGUCGCUGGGCAAUACGGACUUUCAGCUCCCUCCAAAGAUUUUCUAUUGGGUUCAGGUCUGGAGACUGGCUAGGCCACUCCAGGACCUUGAGAUGCUUCUUACGGAGCCACUCCUUAGUUGCCCUGGCUGUGUGUUUUGGGUCAUUGUCUGCUGGAAGACCCAGCCACGACCCGUCUUCAAUGCUCUUACUGAGGGAAGGAGGUUGUUGGCCAAGAUCUCGCAAUACAUGGCCCCAUCCAUCCACCCCUCAAUACGGUGCAGUCGUCCUGUCCCCUUUGCAGAAAAGCAUCCCCAAAGAAUGAUGUUUCCACCUCCAUGCUUCACGGUUGGGAUGGUGUUCUUGGGGUUGUACUCAUCCUUCUUCUUCCUCCAAACAUGGCGAGUGGAGUUUAGACCAAAAAGCUCUAUUUUUGUCUCAUCAGACCACAUGACCUUCUCCCAUUCCUCCUCUGGAUCAUCCAGAUGGUCAUUGGCAAACUUCAGACGGGCCUGGACAUGCGCUGGCUUGAGCAGGGGGACCUUGCGUGCGCUGCAAGGAUUUUAAUCCAUGACGGCAUAGUGUGUUACUAAUGGUUUUCUUUGAGACUGUGGUCCCAGCUCUCUUCAGGUCAUUGACCAGGUCCUGCCAUGUAGUUCUGGGCUGAUCCCUCACCUUCCUCAUGAUCAUUGAUGCCCCAUGAGGUGAGAUCUUGCAUGGAGCCCCAGACCGAGGGUGAUUGACCGUCAUCUUGAACUUCUUCCAUUUUCUAAUAAUUGCGCCAACAGUUGUUGCCUUCUCACCAAGCUGCUUGCCUAUUGUCCUGUAGCCCAUCCCAGCCCUGUACAGGUCUACAAUUGUAUCCCUGAUGUCCUUACACAGCUCUCUGGUCUUGGCCAUUGUGGAGAGGUUGGAGUCUGUUUGAGUGUGUGGACAGGCGUCUUUUAUACAGGUAACGAGUUCAAACAGGUGCAGUUAAUACAGGUAAUGAGUGGAGAACAGGAGUGCUUCUUAAAGAAAAACUAACAGGUCUGUGAGAGGUGAUCAAAUACUUAUGUCAUGCAAUAAAAUGCAAAUUAAUUACUUAAAAAUCAUACAAUGUGAUUUUCUGGAGUUUUGUUUUAGAUUCCAUCUCUCACAGUUGAAGUGUACCUAUGAUAAAAAUUACAGACCUCUACAUGCUUUGUAAGUAGGAAAACCUGCAAAAUCGACAGUGUAUCAAAUACUUGUUCUCCCCACUGUAGGUAGCGUAGGUGAUAUGAUUGAUACUGUAGUUGAACUCCUGUCAAGUGUUGUUGUUAUGGUGGCUGUUGGUAACAUGCUGAGGGAGCUCCACACAUCUGACUCUGACCCUGUGUGUGUGUUCACAGUGACAUGAAGAAUGCUGUCAUCGGAAACAACAAACAGAAAGCCAACCUGAUUGUCCUGGGAGCUGUGCCCAGGUGUCUCUCUCCCUCUCACCUCUUUCCCAUCUUCCCUUUUCCCUCUUUUCCUUUUCCCCACUUGCUCUCGCUCCCCUCUCUCCCUCUCUCCCCUACCCUCAACCCAAUCUCCAAGCCCAAUUGUACGGCAGCAGUGACUGUGUGUCUCUCCCCCCAGGUUACUGUAUCUGCUCCAGCAGGGCUCGUCCAGCUCAGAGCUGAGGGCAGAGUGUGCGGUGGUGCUGGGCAGUCUGGCCAUGGGCACUGAGAACAACAUCAAGUCCCUGGUGGAUUGUCACAUCAUCCCUGCCCUACUACAAGGUAUAUAUAUGCAUAACACAGACAGACAGAUACAUACACAAUCACUCACUCAGUCACACUAAGAGUGACGCACUGAGCAGUGUUACAAUCUUUCAGUCAUACUCACUGACAGAACCAACACUCUGACUGAUGAAACACAUACUCAUUCUCUCUCAUAACAAGUGUGUGUGCCUGCAGGUCUCCUAUGUUCAGAUCUGAUCUUCAUCGAGGCUUGUCUACGCUGCCUCAGGACAGUCUUCAUCAGUCCAGUCACCCCAGUGCAGUUGCUCUACACUGUAAGUCUCUCUCGCUCUUCUGUCUUUCUCUCUCUUCGCCCCCCCCCCCCCCCCAUACACGCAUACCAUCGAUAUGGUGUAACAUGCUAUCACUAUUCUUAGUGAUGUGUUGUCUAACUGGGGUGUGUUUCUGUGAGUGUGUACAGUAACAUUGUGUGUGUUACACCCUAUCAGGACCCAACUGUGAUCCCCCACCUCAUGUCCCUGCUGAGUCGGUCACAGCGGACACAGGAGUACAUCACCCAGAUCUUCUCCCACUGCUGCAAGGUCAGUACAUCAGCACACAUUUAAAACACUUCACAUUACAGAAAGAGUCACAGUAUUGUAAUAAAAGACCAAAGACACUACAGGUUAAAGGUCAAUCAUCAGAUAAACUAUCAUUUAAAAAAAGUCUGUCUGAGGAAUUAUUCAGGAGUGUGUGCGUGUGUUCUGUAGACUCCAGAGCACCAGACGGUUCUGUUUAACCACGGGGCCAUCCAGAACAUCGCUCCCAUGCUCAUCUCUCCCUCCUAUAAGGUACUGUUUGAAACUAUUACUCACCCAUAUCUCAGUUCUACCAUCUCUCAGACCUCUGUAUUACCAUGUCUUACCAUCUCUCUCACUCUUUUCUUUCUUUCUUUUUCUCUCUCAUCCCAUACAGGUACGGAUGCAGGCAUUAAAAUGCUUCUCGGUCCUGGCCUACGAGAACACUCAGGUCUCCAUGACACUGGUGAAUGGUGAGGGGCUUUUUCCCUCUUCUAUUUAUGUCUCUCUCUCUCAUCCUCCCUCUCUUUGCCUGUGUCUGACUCUUUCACUCGCUCGCUAUCUCUCUCGCUGCUGCUCUGGGACCUGACUGGGACAGUUUCCAGCUAUAUUCUUUAGUCUGUUUCAGAGGCAUUCUAUUCUUGCCAUUAUAUUGUUAUCAUCAUGGUAGCAAAAGGUUGUCAGAUGGUGAUAACAUUGUAUUAUGAAGCUACUAUGAAAAUCAAUGUUCUCCUCUCUGUUCUGCUCUCAGUGCUGGUGGAUGAGGAGCUGCUCUCUCAGGUAUUUGUCAGAAUGAUGCAAAGGGAUCAGCCCAUUGACAUGCAGCUCACAGCAGCCAAGUGGUGAGUGAGUGUUUCCUUCACUUGACUAUUAAAAUAAGUGCGCUUCCAUUGACAGUGUUGAAGUAACUGCUGUCAAAGUAUAUGUUUUUCCGCGGACUAUUAAAGUAAUAAUCUCAAGUGUUUUAGUUUCGGAAGAUGAAAUCUUUCUUUCCCCCUCUCCCUCCUUCUCUCCCCCCCAGUCUAACAUACAUGUGUCGAGCGGGAGCCAUCAGGACAGAUGAUAGCUGCAUUGUUUUAAAGGUGAUUAUACUAUUUUGCGUAUCUUUUGCACUCAUCUUACAGUCUGCUACUGGUAUGUGUGUGUUGAGUCUAGCCUGCUGUUGUGUGUAGGGUCUUCCCUGCCUCUCUGUGUGUGUGUGUGUGUGUGUAUAAUUCUUGUUCCAUCCUUGUGUAGACCCUGCCGUGCCUGGUGAGGAUGUGCAGUAAGGAGCGUCUGUUGGAGGAGCGUGUGGAGGGGGCAGAGACCCUGGCCUACCUGAUGGAGCCUGAUGUGGAGCUGCAGAGGAUCGCCAGUGUAACCGACCACCUAGUGGCCAUGCUGGCUGACUACUUCAAAUACCCCAGCUCUGUCAGCGCCAUCACUGACAUCAAGAGGGUGAGAGACUGGACUAUACUCAUUGAAUCUAGCCAGGCAGUCUUAAAAGGCAGAGAAAACAGUUACCAUCAGGAAAACCCUGACACUGUGGUGAGAAAAGAACACCACAGUCCUUACUUUGGACAAAAACCUCUAACUCUCUUACCUCUCACCAAAUAUUGAAUUGUCUUUUUCUGCAGUUGGAUCACGACCUGAAGCAUGCUCAUGAGCUGAGACAAGCUGCCUUCAAGCUGUACGCCUCACUGGGCUCCAACGACGAAGAUAUCCGCAAGAAGGUGGCUUUCACUCAACAGUACACACACACACUCCUUCCCCGCCACGUUUAGAAGUGUGUUGUGAUUAUUUUUUGCAUGAUGCUUUAGGACUAAAUAUUAGCUGUCAGGUUGUUAACCUGUAAUUUAGCAUGACCAGUGGGAGUAAGUGCAUGUGUUUCCGUGUCCUCCUCCUAACAGCCCCCCGCUGUCUCUCUCCUCCUCAGAUCACAGAGACAGAGAACAUGAUGGACAGGAUAGUGAGUGGCUUGUCAGAAUCCAGCGUCAAGGUGCGGCUAGCUGCAGUCAGGUACGGAUAACAUCCCUACCUCUCCACUCUGCUCUCCACUGAGGGUGCUGUGACAUGCUGAGUGUCCUGUCAUAUUCUGUUCCCUUCUUAGCCUAAGAAGAUUUCCUUGCACCUAAGAUAUCUUACUCUCAAAUGGUAGCAGUGUGUGCCUGUUGUGAUAUUGACUCUUCCUCUGUGUCCAGGUGUCUUCACAGUCUGUCCCGGUCAGUCCAGCAGUUGAGGACUAGUUUUCAUGACCACGCAGUAUGGAAGCCCCUUAUGAAGGUCUGUACCAUGGGGUCUCUUUCUCACAUACAAUAUUACUUACCAUACAUGUUGUCUACUGAUGAAAAGUACAUGGCCUUCAUAAUGAGACUGUAUGUCUCUUCUCUGCUGUGUAUAGUUGUUACAGAACGCUCCAGACGAGGUGUUGGUCAUGGCCUCUUCUACACUAUGCAACCUGCUACUGGAGUUUUCCCCCAGCAAAGAGGUGAGACCAGCAGACAGCAAUGCACUACUACUACUGCUACCUAGCUAGCAAUUCAACACUACUACUGCUACCUAGCUAGCAAUACAACACUACUACUGCUACCUAGCUAGCAAUACAACACUACUACUGCUACCUAGCUAGCAAUACAACACUACUACUGCUACCUAGCUAGCAAUACAACACUACUACUGCUACCUAGCUAGCAAUACAACACUACUACUGCUACCUAGCUAGCAAUACAACACUACUACUGCUACCUAGCUAGCAAUACAACACUACUACUGCUACCUAGCUAGCAAUACAACACUACUACUGCUACCUAGCUAGCAAUACAACACUACUACUGCUACCUAGCUAGCAAUACAACACUACUACUGCUACCUAGCUAGCAAUACAACACUACUACUGCUACCUAGCUAGCAAUACAACACUACUACUGCUACCUAGCUAGCAAUACAACACUACUACUGCUACCUAGCUAGCAAUACAACACUACUACUACUGCUACCUAGCAAGCAAUACAACACUACUACUGCUACCUAGCAAGCAAUACAACACUACUACUGCUACCUAGCAGCAAUACAACACUACUACUGCUACCUAGCUAGCAAUACAACACUACUACUGCUACCUAGCUAGCAAUACAACACUACUACUGCUACCUAGCUAGCAAUACAACACUACUAUGCUACCUAGCUAGCAAUACAACACUACUACUGCUACCUAGCUAGCAAUACAACACUACUACUGCUACCUAGCUAGCAAUACAACACUACUACUGCUACCUAGCUAGCAAUACACACUACUACUGCUACCUAGCUAGCAACAACACACUACUGCUAACCAUAGCUAGCAAUACAACACUACUACUGCUACCUAGCAAGCAAAAACACUAUACUGCUACUAGCAGCAACAACACUACUACUGCUACCUAGCUAGCAAUACAACACUACUACUGCUACCUGGCUAGCAAUACAACACUACUACUGCUACCUAGCUAGCAAUACAACACUACUACUGCUACCUAGCUAGCAAUACAACACUACUACUGCUACCUAGCAAGCAAUACAACACUACUACUGCUACCUAGCAAGCAAUACAACACUACUACUGCUACCUAGCUAGCAAUACAACACUACUACUGCUACCUAGCUAACAAUACAACACUACUAGUGCUACCUAGCUAGCAAUACAACACUACUACUGCUACCUAGCUAGCAAUACAACACUACUACCUAGCUAGCAAUACAACACUACUACUGCUACUUAGCGAACUUCAUGAUUGGUAGACAAACACAGCUCAGUAAAGUUGUGAUAAUUUUUUGCAUGAUGUUUUAGGACUAAAUAUUAGCUGUCAGGUUGUUAACCUGCAAUUUAGCAUGACCAGUGGGAGUAAGUGCAUGUGUUUUGUGUAUGUGUGCAGCCCAUCCUGGAGUCAGGGGUGAUAGAGUUACUAUGCAGUCUGACCCAGAGUGACAGUCCAGCCCUGAGGGUCAACGGCAUCUGGGCUCUCAUGGUGAGUCACCACUUUACUGAUUUGCUCUGCUCUCCCUCUCUACCUCUAGAAUAGGGUUGCAAAACCGAAGUUCCCAGGUUUUUCUGAAAUUCUGGUUAGAGGAUUCUCAAUCAGUGGAGCGUUAUCAGGGAGGCAACCCUUCAACUGAGAAUCUUCCAACUGAAACUUUGGUAAAGUUUCUGUAAUUUUCAACCCUACCUAGAAGGUGUCUGUCUAACCUACACCAUCUUGAUUGUGUGUGUAGAACAUGGCGUUCCAGGCGGACCAGAAGGUGAAGGGGGAGAUUGUGAGAGCGUUGGGGACGGAGCAGCUCUUCCGUCUGCUUUCUGACCCUGACUCUAACGUCCUGAUGAAGACCCUGGGCCUGCUACGGAACCUGCUCUCCACACGACCCGUAAGACUGGCACAGAGACAGACACACACACACACACACACACACACACACACACACACUUAAGGUAGACUUUGUGUGACAAGUCGAAUCCCUGACCCACAUCGUCUGUUGCAGACAGGGCAUGUAAAGUCUCCGAUUGGGGGUCCAGGUGCAUUCCUGGCUUCAUGUCUCUUGAGACACUUUUUUUCUCUGUAGCCCGUUCCUGUCCUUCUCAAGCUUCUGCACUUCUUGCUGGUAGAGAUGGCACCAGAUGGAGCGUUCAGCGGUAGUGUCCUCCAGCUGGGUAGAGUUAAGGCUGCACUUUUCCAUUGUGGUCUACAGUUGGUCUUUGUAGUGCCUCUCCUGACCCCUGCAGAGCUGGCCAUACAGGGCACCCGGUCACGCAAGCUUAUCCACAGGGUGCACUAGAGGCACCUGAUGUGAAAGGCCUCCAGCAUUCUGAUGUGGCGAGUGUAGAUGGUCCAUGUCUCGCAGCUGUAGAGGAGAGUUGUAAUGACUACUGCCUGGUAAACAGAUAUUUUUGUGUGAAGGUUGAGGUCUUUGUUCUGGAAGACCCUUCUCCUGAGCCUACCAAAGGAGGCAGAGGCUUGUUUGAUCAGGUUUUGUAUUUCACUUUCGAUACUGCAGUCGUCAGAGAGACAGACACACUGCUUUUCAAUAAUCUAAUAAAUCUCACUCACACACACAUUAUCUCGCCUUUUCAUACUCUCUCCCUCUCUAUCUGUCUCUUUCUCUGACCACCUCCUCUCCCUUCUGUCUCCCAGCACAUAGACCAGGUCAUGAGUUCCCAUGGGAAGCAGAUCAUGCAGGCGGUCACUCUGAUCCUGGAGGGAGAACACAGCAUCGAGGUCAAGGAACAGGUAUGAAAAAAGUAUGAAAGAUGUAUGCACUCACUAACUGUAAGUCGCUCUGGAUAAGAGCGUCUGCUAAAUGAUGAAAAUGUAAAAUGUAUGACCCCCUAGCUUACUAUUCCAUUAACACUUUGACGUAGGGUUGCAAUAUUCCAUACACUUAACCCCAAAUUCCCAGGUUUUCCAGUUAGAGUAGUCCCUCCUUGCUUAUUUCUGGAUUCUGGAAAACCUAGGAAUUUCUGAACAGUUAGCAGUUUUGCAACCCUACUUUGUCAUGAGGAACAGUUCAGGAUAGAGCUGCUCUCUUUGUUUCAGACACUCUGUAUCCUAGCCAACAUCGCUGACGGAAACACAGCCAAGGAACUCAUCAUGACCAAUGAUGACAUCCUCCAGAAAAUCAAAUAUUACAUGGUAGUCUCUUCCCUCCAUGAGCCACUGUAGCUAUACUUAAUUAUUGAUUACUGAUCAGGCUAAAAAGAGGUUCAAUUAACUCUCUGUUGUCAACCUUCAUAUUUGCCUAUAUCCAUGUGUGAUCAUGUUUAUUUAGAACAAGUUUGACUGUCUCUUUGCAUAUAUUGUUGACACAUCUUAAGCAAAUAUUGAGGACGUUUCUCUGCGAUGUCCUCUCAGGCUCACUCUAAUGUCAAGCUCCAGCUGGCGGCCACCUUCUGUAUCUCCAACCUGAUCUGGAACGAGGAGGACGGUGAGGCCAACGCCAUGACAGGUUGUCACAUGCUGGGGGGGACUGCGGGGAAGGGUGGAAACUGGGAACAGAUGUACAAACUGUUAGUGUUAGCUAGGGCUAGUGGUAGUUUCAUGGAUGUAGUGGUAUAAUGUUUGGAUAAAGUUAAUCAAAUUCUGCAACGUUAUGCUUUACGGCAACGUAAUCCGUUUAUGCUCCACUACAUCAAUGGUUUUCAUCUGUGAUUUGAGUCAACACUGUUGGACUUGGUCUCUGCUCCAACAUCAUCCUCGUUAACCUUCCUACGUCGGUGUCUCUCUCUGUUCUCAGGUUCCCAGGAGCGUCAGGACAAGCUGAGGGAGUUGGGAUUUGUAGACAUCCUGCACAAACUCACCCAGGCCUCAGACCCCAACCUCUGUGACAGGUGAGACAGACACACACGCUUUCCUUCAGUUUCUCUCCAUCAGACAGACGCUUGUUGUAGGAUACUGACUCUCUCUCUUUCUCUCAGGGCGAAGACGGCGAUGCAGCAGUAUCUGGCGUGA